AUGCUGUGGGCAGCGCUGCGGACAUCGCAAGCGCGUGCUGUACCGGGCGCAAGCAUUCGCAUGAUGCACAUGACGCCAGUGCGCUCUGCACAGCCAGGUCCUGCGCGCCCGCCCCCGCCGGAGCGUCUGAAGCCCGCGUCGCCCGCGUACUUUACCACCAAGCCGAGUCUCGUCGAUACCUUGCAGAUGCUGGACCAGCUUACGCGGGAAGUGAAGCGCGAGUUGGAGCUUUCCUUCAUACUUUCGCCGAAUUCGAAGCCGCCGCCGCUGCCGCAGGGGCCGACGAAUAUUUGGAUCACGCGCGAUACGCUGCACAGCAAACUGGGCAUCGCGCUCCGCGCUUCGCAGUACCGCAGUGUUAUUUCACGGCUUACCCUGCUUCUGCGGUACCGCGCAUUGGUUCUUGAAUACUUUGCCGGAGUCGAUGGCGCGUUUGCGGAGCGCAGCACCACCCGGCAAAAGGAGCUUGCGCAGCAGGUGGAACAGGUCCUGCGCUCGUUUAUGAGCCAGCACGGCAAGACACAGGACCGCUCGGUUGAGAAUGCACAGACAACACGGAGUGCCACGCGUGGAUAUGUCGAUGAGCAGGGACGUGCAUACGCGCGUGGGCGACGGAAGGAAAGCAGUGCGCGCAUUUGGCUCGUGCGCGCAAAAGACGGCUGUGUGGGCGAGGUUUUGGUGAACAAUGUGCCGAUGAGCCAGUACUUUUCGCGCACGGAUCAUCGCGAGCAGGUCGUGUGGCCACUCAAGCUGGCAGGGAUGCUGGGCCAGUACAAUAUCUUUACCAUUGUCCGCGGCGGAGGGCAUACGGGACAGGCCGGUGCGAUUGCACAUGGGCUUGCGAAUGCGCUCGUUGCGAUGCUCGGCACCGUCCCUGGCGAGCAUGCUAAUGCGACACAUGCGCAUGUCAAGCAUGUGCUUUCCAAGGACGGGAUCCUCAACCGUGAUCCUCGCAUGGUCGAGCGAAAAAAGCCGGGCCUGGCCAAGGCACGCAAGGCAUUUACUUGGGUCAAGCGUUAG